UCGGGAACUACGAGUGAGCCAAAGCUCAUUCCUUGGACUAAAGAAUUAUUGGAUCGUAGCGUGCUCCUCUGCAGCUUAAACGACCCGAUAAUUGAACACGGAGGACUCCCUAUAGUGUCCACGGUGUACGCGUCAUCCGAAUCCUUCCUUGGGAUAAACCUCGACCCCAUUUGCAAGCCGUCCGAGGUCUCCUACACUUUCAUGCCUUUCCUAGCUUAUUUCGAGUUCAUGCCCCACGACCAAUCAGAGCCGGUUGACCUAGUCAACGUCCAAAUCGGCAGGGAGUACGAGGUGUUACUUACCACACCUGCCGGGCUCUACCGAUACCGACUCGGGGACAUCGUGCGGGUCACCGGGUUCUACAACUCGGCCCCACAGUUUCGGUUCGUGAGGCGGAAAGACGUGGUGCUAAAUAUUGACUGGGAAAAGACAAAGGAAACCGAGCUGCAGGCGGCAGUGGGAAAUGCUUCCCAGUUGUUACUGCAGUCUGAUGCAAGACUGCUCGACUACACGAGCCGUACGGACACGGCGUCUGUCCCGGGACACUAUGUCGUGUACUGGGAGUUGCUGGCAAAGGACUCGGGUGGGGUGCCGAGUGAUGAGGUUCUCGAACAGUGUUGCCUAGUGAUGGAGGAGUCGUUCAACUCUGUGUACAGAAUGUUGAGGGAGAGCUCGAUCGGGCCCUUGGAACUAAGGGUCGUGAAAAAGGGGACGUUUGAGGAGAUGAUGGAGUGUGCGAUCUCGAGGGGUGCUUCGGUUAGUCAGUACAAGGUGCCCAGAUGUGUGAGAGAUAAGGAAAUGGUUAGUCGUCUUGAUUCACGGGUUGUGUCGAGGCAUUUUAGCACGUAUGUACCGCGUGCU